CGCCGACGAAGGCAACCAUUGUCGGCCGCCCACGCAUAUUGCGCGCGCGCAACCGGACUCCCCUGGCCGACUUUGCAACGCCUAGCUCGACCAGCCAACAGAGAACAGCGAACGGAGCACAGCAACGAUCGCUUCCAGCUCCGCACGGGCGGGCUUGUGGACCCGGAUUGCGCCGUCCGGGGGACAUUUCGCCUCCCGCGCCGGCGGUGCUGCCCCCCGCAAUCGCACCGCCAGGUCAUGACAAGAGGCUUCUAGCAUACCCAUCCAGGGAUGGCUUCACUUGCAAAGAGCUCCCAGGCACCUGAUGCCGGUCAGAACCAUGACAGAAUAGCCAGCCGUGGCCCGCCGAGCGACCCGGACGACCCCGCCGGGGACCCGGUCGAGAUUACCGCCGUGCAGAAGAUGCUCUCCGCGACGUCAGGGAGCUUGUUGACGGGGCUCUUAGCAACCCCCCUCGACGUCGUCCGCGUCCGCUGGCAGUCGCAAAGCAUCUCGCAACCGGGCCCCGUCGACUUCCUCAAGCUUGCCAUGCCUGCAACCUCCUCGCCUGGCGCCGCCGCGUUUCGCCCUGCCACGCUCGGUGUCACGGCCUGCUGCCGCGAAGUCUUCUUCGCCAGCAACACCUCCGAGAUCUGCUUCAUCGGUCCCCGACCGCUCAACCCGAGCUUCGCCCCGACGAACAGCAGCAGCAGCGGCACGAGCCAGAUCACCUGCGCCGUUGAGCAAACCCAGCAGCGCACCUUCACCUCGACCUUCGACGGCCUCCGCAAGAUCGCCCGCAACGAGGGCGUCACCACCCUCUGGCGCGGCCUCUCACCGACCCUGAUCAUGGCCAUCCCCGCCAACAUCAUCUACUUCACCGGCUACGAGUGGCUACGCUUCAACCACAGCAGCCCCAUCGCGCGGACCGUGCGCGACGAGUACGCGCCGCCCGUGGCGGGCUCGGCCGCCCGCAUGCUGGCCGCGACGGCCGUCUCGCCCAUCGAGCUGUUCCGCACCCGCCUGCAGGCCCUCCAGGGCGCGUCCAGCUCCCGCGGCGGCCACCUGGCGGACACGUUCGCCGGCAUCCGGGACAUGGUCGCCGCGCACGGGUACCGCUCGCUGUGGCGCGGCCUGACGCUGACGCUGUGGCGCGACGUGCCCUUCUCCGGCAUGUACUGGUGGGGGUACGAGACCAUCCGGGGCCGGCUGACCGACGCGCGGGAGCGCGCGCGCGGCCGCGGCGGCGCGAGCCUCGAGCUGGACCUGCAGCUGGACGCGCGCGAGCGCGCCCGCCGCCGGUCGCGCAGCCGCAGCCGCGAGAACCACGCCGACACCUUCGCCGACAGCUUCAUCGCCGGCGCCGCGUCGGGCGCCUUCGCCAGCGUCGCGACGAUGCCGUUCGACGUCGGCAAGACGCGCACGCAGGUCUUUCGCGACGCCAACAAAGCGGCUUCUGCGGCUUCCGCGGCUUCCGCGGCCGCCGCGACCCCUGCGGCGGAUGCCGCAUCCGCCGCUGUAGCCCCCGAGGAGCGCAACAUGGCCCGGCUGCUGUGGCACAUCUUCCGCACCGAGGGCGUGCCGGGCCUGUUCCGCGGCUGGAUCCCGCGCACGCUGCGCGUCGCGCCGGCCUGCGCCAUCAUGAUCAGCAGUUAUGAGGUCGGCAAGCGCGUGUUCCGCGGCGUCAACGAGCGCGCGCUGGCCGAGCGGCGCGCCUCCGCGGAGGCGGCAGCGGCGGCCAGGGGCUGGUUUUGUUUGCUUUAA